AGUUUUGUCUGUGUUUUACUUCAUAUUUUGACUCCAGCAACAUUCAGCAACAAAAAUGCUUCUUCUGACUACAGUGGUUUUCUGGCUUGCUGGUAUAUGUGAUGGUGUGCAGAGACUGACGUGUCCUUAUGAUCUAAUGGACGAGGGCCUCCCCAGGGUGUGGUGUAAGGAGACCUCCCCACAGUGCUGUACAGGCUUCAGCUUCAGCAGGCAGAGCCAGUCUUUGGAUGCAGGAAGUCUGAAGGUGACCCAGGGUGUUGACUCCUUCACUGUGGAUGUCCUGAACCUGACCCAGGGAGAGGGAAUGUAUUGGUGCGGUGUGCUGAGCAGCAAUAACACCAUCAUCAAACUGGCUGAGGAGUACUUCUACAGCAGUUCCUACGUUUGGGACAUUCUUCGCUGGAUUCUGAUGCCUCUGCUUCCCAUGGUGUCCAUAUUUUCUUACUGUUACUUAAACAGAAAACACCAAAACAAGAAGGAGGAGGGCCAACUCAUGAACAUCGCUAUGACCUCAGAUCUGGCACAAAAUAAUCGACAGAAUGAAGACUCUGCAGAAGAGAUAACUGAGCUAGAAUGAUGGACAUUGCCAAAGGACACACACAAUGUUAAAGGCGCAUUCAAUUCUAUGCUGCAAAACAAGACAGCCAUUUCAGCUUUUUACAGUUACAAACGUGCAAGUUAUUCUAAAGCAAUUUGAUAAUAAAAUCCAAUGCACCUAAUAGCUUAUAUACUGUACUUCCUUUUUAUUUGAAUAUAUCAAUGUCAAGAAAAGGUUUGUCUCCCUGGUGGUUACAAGAGCUAAGUGAAAAUAAUCUAAACUAAUAGUUUGUAGUAGCUUUCAUGAUUUUCAUACUGUAAAAAUUUAAAUGCCAUCUAUGAAGAAAUAAGUUUGCAUUUAUUAGGACAAGCCAAACACAAGUUUACAUCCAGUUAAAACAUGGAAAAGUUUCAUGGGAUGAAAAUAAAUAUCAACGUACCUUUCUAUACAUUAUUUUCUUAUUGUACAACAUAAUCCUCAUGCGCCAAUUGGAACUUUGCUUUUAGCAUUAUUUUGCCUAAUGAACCACCCAUUGAAUGACAACAGUAGACAGACAAUGCAGCAGUAUUUAAGAUGAAUGCAUAGUUUAAUAUUUUGAAAGAUACAUUUUAAAUCGUUGAGUGUAAUCUAAAGUGACAAGUAUGUAAUAAAUCUAAAAGUCUGUCACGUCAGUUAAUAAACAUACCUUGUAACAUUGUGGAAAUAAAAGCUAUGUACUGUAUAUCA